AUGACAGAACUCGCAGACAAGUUGAAUCCUAACUUCAAGUCGACAUUGCCACCAAGAAAGAGGGCUAAAACGAAGGAGGAGAAGGAACAACGUCGUGUUGAAAGGAUUCUUCGUAAUAGAAGAGCGGCACAUGCUUCACGCGAGAAGAAGAGAAAACAUGUUGAGUACCUCGAAAGUUAUGUUGUUCAGUUAGAGGAGAACAUGAAGUGUUUGCAGCAAAAUUUUGAUGCAAUUGUAGAAUUGGUUCCACAAGAUAAGUUUGCUGGGAUGAAUUUGCAGAAGUUGAAUAAUUUAGAGGAGUUGAAAGAAAAAAUACAAGUAAAUUUGAGCAGCUCUGUUGCUGCUGAGUCUAGCGAUCAACAGCUCUCAACUGAGUCCGUGACUGAGCCACCAACGAAAAAGAGAAGAUCAAGCAGCACUCUGUACGAUGAUAUCGAUUUUGAGAGUAGCUCUCAGUUAGAGCCCAAAGAAGACUCAGAGGAGCCAGAGGACGCUGACGAAUACCAAGAGGACGAAACAACCGAAAAGAAGUUGCCUCCAAUCAAGAAGGAACACGAAAAUGAAUUGUUAUCGGUGACAAGUGACAAUGUGUUUUUUAAUUACUUGUCACCAAUAUCUAUGAACUCGCCUGUGGGUUCUCCCAUAGAUUUAACAUUAAAGAAAUCUAGUGACCAGUUGACACCGUUCGAAUUAGAUGAGGAGUCAGGGUCUAGUUCAUCUAUCUCUAGUGAAUCUAAUGACUCGGAGAAGGGAUAUGAAUCAAUGGAGCAAAAUUCAGAAGAAAUUUUGUUAUCUAAAGGAUAUGGCGUAGGAGCCUCUGUGGCUAUCUGUUGA